AUGGCCAAUAGCAAGAAAGCUCUUCCAAUGGACAUGAUCGAGGCGCAAUUAUCGACAUUCGACCUCUUGGCGGCCAUGUUCCCAUCGCCAGGCGAGCUGGAGAUCCCUGAAGCAACAACUCAGGGUGUUGAACGGCUUCGAGACUGGUGUCAAGGCGACUGCGCCCCGCCUUCUCAGAUUCCCUCAAGUCUAUACGUUGUCGUUUCUCUACCAAUUCAAGAUGGCGAAAGGUAUAUCCAAGUGAGCGUUGCAAUUCCGCUGGAGUGCGACGAUCCAGAGAUACUUGAUGACCCUCCGCCAUUGAGCUAUUCAUUGCGACAACCAGACUGGCUGUCAAAGGCCGAGGUUACCGCGGUCGCCACGUCUAUCCCGCGAACUGAUGCGCUGGACGCAUUUGACUAUAUCCAGGCCGAAGUCAGCCGCGUGCUAGCAGAAAAGCAGAGGCAGCUCUCAAGGCAACCGGUUCCGCAGUCGAACUCAGGACCAACGGUGCGAGUCUGGUUUUACUUCCCGUCCUUAUCAACGAGAAAGAAGAGAGAUGACAUGGUGAAUCUGGCGCCUGGAUACUCAUUAUCAGGGUUUGUGCUGGCUGGGAAGCCGGGCGUGCUAUGCCUGGAGGGCAGAUCAGCAGAUAUUGACGCUUAUAUGAGCUUCAUCAAGACCCAUUCAUGGGGCGAUAUACCCAGCCACCAAAAGAAAGUCAGUGAACGGUACCGGGAGACGGACAUUCAAAGAGUAUUUCCAGGAAUGGAGGAAAUCACCGAUUCGCUUGGAGAGCGAGGAGGCCAGCGCGCCAACCGAGGGGAUAUGCAGGCAUUGGAGGCUUGGCUGGCAGCAAAGGGGUUACAGAAGGCAUUUGAACAGGUCAUAUUCUAG